GUUUUCACUUGUGCACUCAGUUCACUUGUCAGCUUUCCUGAUUUCGUUGCGACUUACUUGGAUACUACAAUGUCGCCAGGUGUCUACAAAUGUCUGAUAAAGAUGCUUAUAUCGUUAUAAUGAACCCGAGCGAGUCGUUCCCACCGCACUGACAGUCCUCAUGUUCGCUCUGGGAACGAGGCAUUUUGGAAUUGACACCGGCCAAACUACGACAAUCGGCAUUGGCUGUUCAGGCUCUCGGCGGAUUCCAAAUGAAAUACAGGAGGUAUAUAAUCCGUUUCUCGGAGGGCGAAUGCCAACCGACAAGGGCAAUAACGCAUCCCGAGACUCACUACACCCGACUCGGUAUUGGGACUGCGUACCGGAUUCUCUUGUCUUUCUUAAAAGCUUCACACCCAGGUUUCACGGCUGUUUUCUGACAUCGAAUAUCGGAAACUGGUACUCCUGACAGAUCUAAAAGACCCGAGAGAUAGAAGUGGCUCCAACUCUAAUUUUCUAUCGCUCUCUUUCUCAGAUAUACCUUCUCCUCUUUCAGUCUACUUUACGUAUUCUUGAGCGAGAUGUCUACGCCAGGAACCUCUCUUCCCAAGUUAAAACCUCUUCCUCUCCCUGCCUUGGACUCCCCGGAGUACCUCACACGUCUCCAAACGCCUUUCACCCCGCCUCCACCCACCCUCACGCUCAAGUCCAUCCAUGCCGCCGUACCCAAGGAGCUUUUCCUUAAAAGUACCACGAAGGGUUUGUGGUGGGUGGGGAGACAUGUUGCUAUCGUCUUUGGUCUUGGUUGGCUCGCUUUAAAUAGUGAGCAGGUCGUGGAUACAUUGGUUAGGAUCCUCGGUGAGAAGGCGGGUGUGGCCCGGUCUGAGCAAUGGAGUGGCCUGGUGAAUUGGGUGUUUUGGAUAGCUUAUUGGUUCUGGCAGAGCGUGGCAUUUGCGGGGAUGUGGACUCUAGGCCACGAAUGCGGACAUGACGCGCUCUCGCCUAUUCCAUGGGUAAACACUGUUGUAGGCCUCUUCCUGCAUACGUCCAUGAUUACACCGUAUCAUGCUUGGCGCAUAACACACCGGCGACAUCAUAAAGGCACAAACCACCUCGCACACGAUGAGACCUAUCACCCCUUCACACGCUCCGAUCUCAAACUACCACCUAUAGAGAAGGCAACUCCGAUGGAUUAUAUGGGGAUAAUCGAGGAGACGCCUGCCUUUACAACCUUCAAGUUGGUCGUCAGACAGUUUUUGGGUUUCCAGCUGUACCUUUUACAUAAUCGAAAGGGGAACCCCAAAUACCCAAAGGGGACAUCGCAUUAUAAGCCCUCUUCCAAAUUCUUCAAACCCGAAGAUCGUACGUUCUCCUCUUACGUUCUCCUCUUACGUUCUCCUCUUUUCACGAUAAAACGACCAACACUUGCUGAGAUAGGACCGUCGAUCAUUCUGAGCGACAUCUUCAUUCUCCUCAUGCUUUCCAUCCUCACCCUAUGGAGCCAUUAUCGCGGCUUUGGGGAAGUUUGGAGGGUAUAUUUCGUACCUUGGUUGUGGGCGCACAAUUGGAUCGUCAUGUUCACUUACCUCCAACAUUCGGAUCCGACUGUCCCGUAUUAUCGAGGCAAGGAUCAAUGGAACUUCACCCGUGGUGCACUUGCCACCGUCGAUAGACCAGUCUUUGGCUGGAUUGGGAGGUUCUUCUGGCAUGGUAUCGCACAUGAUCACGUUGCACAUCAUUUUUUUGUCAAUGUGCCGUUCUAUAACCUCCCCGAAGUGACGGAAGCGAUCAAACCGGUCCUGGGGGAAUACUAUUGUUAUGAUCCUACUCCGACCCUCUAUGCACUCUGGCGCUCGUUCACCCAAUGUACGUUCAUAGAACCUGAAGGUGACGUCGUAUUUUUCAAAAAUCAGAGAGGCGAGGCCCUGAGGGCCCUAAGGGAGGAUGAGGUCGUAAUGAACGUAAACAGGGUGAAAAAGGAAGUUGGAGAGGGAUUGUCUGAUGUCGAUGAAGACGAGGACCAGGAGGACCAGGAGAUGAAGAGGAAAGAUAUCUGAUUUUUUGUGGUGAUGCAGGAAUAUUAGUGUAUCAUUUGUUGGUGUAUCACUUUGAUUCAUGUAUGUACGAAGUUGUACUCAAGAAGUUAUCAAGUUUGAAGCUUUCCUGUGG